AACAUUGAAGAAUUUUCUGAUAAAAAUGAGAAACUAUAUGAUGUUGUUAUAUCUUCUGAGGUUAUAGAACACGUAAAUAACCAGGAAUUAUUUCUAAAAGAAAGCAUAAAACUUCUGAAGCCUGGUGGAUCAAUUUUUAUAACAACACCAAACAAAACUCUAUUGUGCUGGUUGGCAGGUAUUGUAGUGAGUGAAUAUAUUAUAAAUGUAAUACCUCGUGGCACACAUGAUUGGAAUAACUUUAUUCCGCCACACGAAGUUCAACGUAUAUUGAGAAAUAAUGGUUGCAAAACUAAAUUGAUUCAUGGGAUAGUAUAUAAUCCGAUAACAAAGCAAUGGUCUUGGUCGUCCAGUACAGCACUUUGUUAU